AUGGUUUCCAAAAUCGUACGCGAUGUCGACGCCAGUUCAAUGUCGCCUUCACCGGAUGAUUGGAACAAACUCAAAGCUCUCUUAUACAAUGCCGACGCAACACCCCCUCGUCUCCCAUGGCUCUUCAUCGACCCCAUGCACGACAUUGAUUAA